AACACCGUACUUUCUACCAUCACCGUGUAAAUAAGCAAUUUAUUUUGGCUCCUAUUUUGAUCCUACCGUAUUUUGCACUCGAAUUGCACACACUCGCACAUUGUCUUCUCAUUUUACUACUGAAAGGAACAAGCCGAAGCCUAGAUUUGAUUGCACUCCGUUUGGGCAUAUUCAAGCUCCGGUCGCCGCAGCCGCCGCGUGUUUAUUUCAGCAAAAUGAGCAAAAGUGAUGUAGAGAUGGAGGAUGCCGAAAAGCUCCCAAAUGAUUCAGGAAAUAAUGUUGAAGAGGGCAAAUCGGUUGAUGCUAGUGUUGAAACGGAAGGAGAAAAAAUUCCAUGUCCAGCUGCUGUCUCUGAGGAUGUAAAUGGAUGUGAGAAUGGGGGAGCAGAUAAAUGCAGAGAAGAAGAUAUUGACGAGACUAAUGUCUUGGCUGAGUUGAAAGAUCAAGCUAACUCUAACAGUGAGGCCUAUGAGCCAACAGAGGGACCAGUCAGUGAAAAAAUCAAUUCAGGAAGUGACAAUGAAGAACUAAUAUCCACCGAAACUGGGGCUGAAGAGCAAACUGUUUCUAGAAGUGCAGUGGAGAAACAAACUGAUGUAAAAAAUGAAGUGUUUGAACAGAAUGUUACUAAUGGUCAGCUUAAAGAAGAGAAGACCACUGAGAAUGGCCUGGACAGUGGAGAUGAGGUGAAAAAUGUGGAGGAAAAACCCAAUGAAGAUGCUGCAGAGGAAAGUCCCAAAGAUAUUAUCAUGGAGGGUACAGAUUAUGUUGAACAUGUUGCAGGAGGGGAAAAGACAAUGGAAAAAGCUGAUGCUGGGAAUAAUUUUACAGGAGAUGUGCAGCUUCCAACUGACUUAUCUGCCAUUGAAGCUCCUCAAAUACAGAAUGCUGAGCAAGAUGAGGUUCAGCAGGGUAAGGAUGAAUAUAUGAAAGCUGCAGCUGACUUGGACAAAAGUAAAACAUCUAUAGAUGAUAUACAAGAACAUGGUGCGGAAACAGUUCUUGCUAGCCGUGGAAUUGUUGAGAACGAUAAUAGUGUUGAGACUGCUGCCAAACUUGAUGGUCAAGAUUCAUCGCCUGCGAACCAGCAUGAAGCUGCUACUCCCAGUUCUCUGGUCAGAUAUUCUCAGGCAACUGGUGGAGAUAAUAGUGGAGAAACAAAGAAUGCUUUUACUCCAGUAACGCUACCUCUGAUGGGAGAGAGUGAUGAUGGAACACCAGAUGAACAAGCAGCAUUUAUGAAGGAACUUGAAAGCUUUUGUAGGGAGAGAGCAGUGGACUUCAAACCACCCAAAUUUUAUGGGCAGCCACUAAAUUGCCUGAAGUUAUGGAGAGCUACAAUUAGGUUGGGAGGCUAUGACAGGGUAACUGGAUCCAAGUUGUGGAGGCAGGUGGGAGAGUCGUUCCAUCCACCAAAGACUUGUACAACAGUUUCUUGGACAUUCCGCAUUUUCUACGAGAAGUCUCUUCUGGAAUAUGAAAGACAUAAGACACAAAGUGGCGAGCUUCAACUGCCGGUAGCAGCACUUACUGACGCUUCUCCUGUUGACGCUGAUGGAAAUGGUCAUCAAAUAUUAGGAUCAGGAAGAGGUAAAAGAGAUGCUGCUGGUCGUGCUGUGCAAGGUUGGCAUGUCCAAACCCUUUUUCCAAACGGUGAUGCUGGCGAGCCAAUUAUAAAGGACAAGAAUCUUAACACAAUGGCGAAGCGUGAGAAAACCCUCAAAAGCAUUGGCUCCCUCAAACAGAAGAGACCAAACGACGUGGAGCAUUCAAAUAAAGCCGCUCGAACUGAAACAUCUAAGCAGCUGGUUACAUCAGUUGUUGAUGUUGGACCCCCGGCUGAUUGGGUGAAGAUUAACGUACGCCAGACUAAAGACUGUUUCGAGGUUUAUGCCUUAGUUCCAGGCCUGUUACGCGAAGAGGUAUGUACUCCCUGGCUGUGAACUGUAGCUGUGAUG